AUGCCUUCGACCUACCUCGGGUACUUCAACAUCGUCGAGGCCGAGAAGAACAUGUCGGCCAAGCCGUCAUAUCGACGAGACUCAAAUGGAUCCGACGUCUCGGCUUCAUCGAACAAGAGCAAGUCCUUCUUCAAGCGUGCUCUCAGCCAACUCCGACCAACACAGGAACCCUUGACGCCAGCAGGCAUCUAUUCACCUGCCAUCAAACAAGGCUCUCUGUUCGGUGGCCGGAAACAGUCGACUAAGGCAUGA